AUGGCUGACUCCGAAUACAAUGCCGCUGAGGCCGCCGAGAUCAAGAAGAAGAGAACCUUCCGCACCUUCUCCUACCGAGGAAUUGGUCUCGACCAGCUCCUCGACCUCUCCUCUGAGGAACUCCGCGAUGUCAUGCACGCGCGCGUCCGUCGCCGCAUGAACCGCGGUCUCAAGCGCAAGCCCAUGGGUCUCAUCAAGAAGCUUCGCGUUGCGAAGGCGGCCGCCCCUCCGAACGAGAAGCCCCCGCUCGUCAAGACUCACCUUCGUGAUAUGGUUAUCGUCCCCGAGAUGAUCGGCAGCGUUGUCGGCGUGUACAGCGGCAAGGAGUUCAACCAGGUUGAGAUCAAGGCGGAGAUGGUCGGUCACUACCUUGCCGAGUUCUCUAUCUCAUAG